GUGAUCCAUAUGGCUGUAGCCUUUUGCCAUGCCCAGCCUAGCAAUGGUUCGUACGUGGUAUAUGCGCGCAGUCAUGUGUGCAUGCCCGCGCCUGCGAAGGAGGGAACAGUGACUGGGAGUCAAGCUUCUGUUCACCGGCGAGAAAAAAGGGAGACUGGAGACGGUCUAAUCGCAUCUCCGGCCGCCCGUCCCGAUCUCUGUCAUGCGCGCGUUAUUGAAAUUUGUAGGGUUGCUUGGUCGAUCUGGGCAUGCACUCUCUCCCCUGCACUGCACUGCACUGGACCUACUGUGUGGAGUUUGGAGUCAUGCAUGCGUGCAUUGUCUUGUUCCGUGGCCGCGUCUCCCUCCCUCGUGCCCCUGCUGGGUUUGGGUGUGGGCUUUUCUUGGCAACUUGGCCGCUGGGGCUGGGGGGCAGCGGCAGAUGGCUGGCACCGUGCAGUGGAGGGCCCGCCCCGGGGUAAAACGAAACAUCUUCCAUUGUUUUCAUUCUUUCCUCACGUAAACAUUUUUCCAAGUAAGGUUUUCGGUGCCAAAAAUGAGUUCCCGUCGUUCUCGAGCUGGCCACCUUUAAAUUCCCCUUUCUUGUUCGAGUCUUUUUGGGCGUACGCUGUCCCUUUUUGAACCUUGGGUCGCCCAAAAUCUCUUGCAUGGCAAAUGUCGCUUCCUUGGACGUCGCUAAUCCAUUUCUUUAAUAAAUUCUUUACUUAAUUAACGAGAGAGGGAGAGGGGGCCCCGCGCUAAUGGCUGCCCUAAUAGCGUAGCAAGCCCUGCCCGCCCACCGCCGCCUCUCGCCGGCCGGAGUCCUCAGGUCCGGCCAUGGGCAAGGCGGCGCGCUGGAUCCGGGGCUUCCUAGGCGGCGGCGGUAAGAAGGAGCAGAGCAAGGACCAGAAGCCGAUACCUCCGCCAACCAAUGCCAAGCGCUGGAGCUUCGGCAAGUCGUCGCGCGACUCGGCGGAGGCCGCUGCAGCCGCUGCGGCAACGUCGGCGCGCGGGGGCAACGCGGCGAUCGCGAGGGCGGCUGAGGCGGCCUGGCUCAGGUCGGUGUACGACGAGACGGAGCGGGAGCAGAGCAAGCACGCCAUCGCCGUGGCGGCGGCCACCCAAGCAGCGGCCGACGCGGCCGUGGCUGCGGCCCAUGCCGCCGUCGCCGUCGUGCGUCUCACCAACAAGGGCCGCGCCGCCCACGCCGGCGAGCACCGCGGACCGGCGGCCGCGGCGGUCCGGAUCCAGACGGCAUUCCGAGGCUUCUUGGCUAAGAAGGCGCUGCGUGCGCUCAAGGCCCUCGUGAAGCUGCAGGCGCUGGUGCGCGGCUACCUCGUGCGAAAGCAGGCGGCCGCCACACUGCAGAGCAUGCAGGCGCUGGUGCGCGCGCAGGCCAGCAUGCGCGCCCACCGCGCCGUCGCCAGCGCCGCUCUCCCGCAGCUCCACCAUUCUUCUUUCCGGCCGCGCCGCUCCUUGCAGGAGCGGUACGCGGACGACACGAGGAGCGAGCACGGGGUGGCGGCGUACAGCCGGAGGCUGUCGGCGAGCAUCGAGUCGUCGUCCUACGGGUACGACCGGAGCCCCAAGAUCGUGGAGAUGGACACCGGCAGGCCCAAAUCUCGGUCGUCGUCGCGCCGGGCGAGCUCCCCGCUGCUCGACCCGUGCGAGGAAUGGUGCGCCGCCGCCAACCCCAUGUCGUCGCCGCUGCUGCUGCCGUGCCACAUGCCAGGCGGCGCGCCGCCCCGCAUCGCCGUGCCGACCCCGCGCCACCUCCCCGAGUACGACUGGUGCGCGAUGGAGAAGGCCCGGCCGGCGACGGCGCAGUGCACGCCGCGGUACAUGAACGCGAACGCGCCGGCCACCCCGACCAAGAGCGUGUGCGGCGGCGGCUACUCGUCCUCAUCUCUGCUCAACUGCCCCAGCUACAUGUCCAGCACGCAGUCCUUCGAGGCAAAAGUGCGGUCGCACAGCGCGCCGAAGCAGCGGCCGGAGCCCCCCACGAACAGGAAGCGGGUGCCGCUGAGCGAGGUGGUGGUGGUGGAGUCCCGGGCCAGCCUGAGCGGGGUCGGAAUGCAGCGGUCGUGCAACCGGGUGGAGGAGGCGUUCAACUUCAAGACGGCCGUCGUCGGCCGCCUCGACCGCCCGUCGACGGGGUCCGUCGAGAAUGACCGGCAAGCGUCCUUGCAGAGGAGGUGGUGAUCUGCUCUGCUCUGUUCUAGCCACUUCACACGGUUAAUGGCAGUGAGACGACGAGAGCUCUGCGUAGUAAUUAGCAAUAAGAAUGCGUUUUGAGGUGUUCUUGGGAGCUCUCGUCCCUGCUUUCUUUUUGUUCUUGCUUUAGUAGUUGUGAUCAAUCAUGUGAUUUGUGUUCCUUUUUCUUUCUAUUUUUUGGUUAUGUGUUUGCUGGUCGCAAACAAGUGUGGUAGGAGAAUUUGAUUCAUAGCGCACUUUGAUGUAAAUUCCUUCUCAAUCCAUGUGUUCUUCCAUUGCGACU